AUGGAACCCUCUCCGCUUCAGUGGGAGCCAACCCCCUCCGCCCUCCUCUGGGCCUACGAAAUCCGGCGUGAGAACAUUCACCUGGCCGAUGAAAUCCAUAAAGCCAAAGCUGAGCUUACCUCAACCGUAGACACUAUCAACGAAGUGAAACAGAACGUCAAUGAAUUGAGUCGACAAGUGAAGCAAUCGGAGACUAAUGCUAUUGAGAAUCUUCAGUAUCUUGACACUAGGAUCACACAUGGAUCCAACAAUCUGCUCAGGCGCGUCGAGGCCCUGGAAAUUGAGAACAGAAGAUUGAAGGAGGAACUUGAAAAUGUUAGGAAAGAAUGUGCUGCGCAUUCGAAAGGGUUGUCCCUUGUAUCGGAAUCCAUGAAGACAGAGAUUAUGAAUGAGGUUAGGAGGAUAUUGGCACAGGAGAGGGGUUCUUUACGAGUCAAUGAGCUACUCGGAGAAUCUCAUGGCAAUUCUGAUAUGGCUCGAAUAGGGUCUGACAUACUUGUCCCUGACUCAUUGCCCAAGGAUGUCACUGCUUCAGCAGGAGAACAGGGAAACUCUUUGCAGGCGUUGUCUGAGACCACAUGGGGCCCAUCCAGGUCUAGUUCGAUUGAAGGACGGCGUAGUACUGAAAUAGGCCAGUCCAACAGAAUGAUCAUGCAGGGGCAAGAGAACUUGCGCCAUCUCUUUAGACAAAGUGCGAGGCCGCUGGGGACUUAUUGGUCAUAUGCCAUAGAUACCCGAAUUCACUUGCCUUUGUGGAUCAAGAGCAGCGAUAUUGCAAAGGCCUUUGUAAAUGGAUUGGAAGAUAUCGCUACCCGAGAUUCGAUGGAAAGGGAGCUACAUGCUGCUGGAUGGUCGUGGGAUGUGUUGGCUGGCGUCAUGCAUAACAAGCUCAAGGAGAAGAAGUUUCAAACAGCCACAUUGCCUGUUCGAAUGAAGGCAGGCUCAGGAAAAUCUGACGAGGCUUCGAAGCCUAACACUCCGAUCAAGCACAAGAAGAAGAAAAAGCGAAGAGUAAUUCCUAUAAUACCGGUGGAUGAAGCCGAUCUUCUUGAGAUAAAUUCAUGA